AUGACAACUUCUUUACAUUUCUGCUCCAUUUCAGGAUAUUUCUGUGAUGGGACAGGGCUUGCCUCCCCUUCUGGUCUCUGUCAUGCUGGGUUCUAUUGCAGUGGAGGAGCUGUUUCUCCAGGACCUCAGCUGGUAACAAGCAGAGGGGGGCAAUGCCCACCUGGUCAUUACUGUGUCUCAGGGAGUGGAAGACCACAGCUAUGCCCAGCAGGAAGCUACAGCCCCUUUUGGGGAAUGGCCCAAUGUCUGGAAUGCCCAGAAGGUGUUUACUGUGAUGUUGGUUCAGCUAAUUACACCAACUGCCCAGUCGGGUACUACUGCCCACGUGGUACAAAGUUUGCCACUCAGUUCCCUUGUCCAAGGGGGACCUACAGUGAGAUUCUUAACAUCAAGACUGUCUUGGAUUGCCAGCUAUGCCCUCCUGGAAAGUUUUGCUCCAAGCCGGGCUUGGUAAGCCCAGAUGGCACGUGCAUGCCCGGAUGGUACUGCCCUCCUGGGUCAACUUCAGGGAAGCUGGUAUCUCCAGGAAACAACACUGGUAUUGGAGAAUACAUUUGAUUGCAUA